AUGAAAUUUACUCAAGCUACUAUUGCUGCGUUCGCGGCCUUAUCCACUGUUACGUUCGCUGCUCCAGCUCCAGCCCAAGACGAAGAUUGUGCUACCACUCAAGUGCACGCUCAUCACAAGCAUAAGAGAGAAGUCGUUUACGAUUACGCUUAUGUUACUGUUACCGUGGAUGGAAAUGGUAAGGCUGUUGAAGGUACCGCUACCUCGUUAUCUACUGCCACUUCUGCCACCCAAGAAUCCGAGUCUACUUCCACCACCUCGAUUGCUUCCACCACUUCCGUUGAAGAAUCUUCAUCUGCUGCUACCUCUGAAGCUUCCUCGACUGAAAGCUCUUCUAGCAGCGCUUCAAGUUCUGCUAGCUCUUCGAGUGACAGUUCUGCUUCCACUGGCUCUAGCGGUGGUUCCGGUUCUGUCCCAACUGGUGACUUAUCUGCUUUCGAAGAUCCAUCUGAAGACUUCGAAGACGGUACCAUUUCUUGUUCCGACUUCCCAUCUGGUCAAGGUGUUGUUUCUUUAGACCACUUAGGAUUCGGUGGUUGGUCCGGUAUCGAAAACUCUGAUGGUUCCACCGGUGGUAACUGUAAGGAAGGUGCUUACUGUUCGUACGCCUGUCAAUCGGGUAUGUCCAAGACCCAAUGGCCAUCGAACCAACCUCUGAAUGGUGUUUCUAUCGGUGGUUUGUUAUGUAAGAACGGUAAGUUGUACAGAUCUAACAAGGACCAAAAGACUUUGUGUGCUUGGGACGAAAACAAGGCCAGUGUUGUUAACAACUUAUCCAAGACCGUCGCUAUCUGUCGUACCGACUAUCCAGGUACCGAAAACAUGGUUAUCCCAACCGUUGUUGACGGUGGGUCCUCAUCUCCAAUCUCUGUUGUCGACCAAUCUACUUACUACAAGUGGAAGGGUGGCUCUACCUCCGCUCAAUACUACGUUAACAACGCUGGUGUUGACUGGACUGACGGUUGUGUCUGGGGUACCUCAGGUUCUGGCAUCGGUAACUGGGCUCCAUUGAACUUCGGUGCCGGUUAUGACAACGGAAUCGCGUACUUAUCUUUAAUUCCAAACCCAAACAACAAGGAUUCCUUGAACUUCAAGGUCAAGAUCGUCGCCGACGGUGACUCCACCGUCAGCGGUGAUUGUACCUACGAAAAUGGUAAGUACAACGGUGACGGCACCGAUGGCUGUACUGUUGGUGUUACCAACGGUAAGGGUAAGUUCGUCUUAUAUUAA